AUUUAUCUGUACAACCGUCUGGUGAGCGGUAAAGUGGGAUAGCAACACCGACGCGGUCACCGGGCCUUUAUCUCACACAAUUUGGCGCCAAAAAAACAUAACCGCCGAAUCGCCGUCAUCGGUCGUCUGUGACAUAUAAAUAUAAUUGCAUUUUCUCGUCGAGACGUGACUGAUCACUGAUCUCAUCUGACUCUGAAGGUAGGUUUGUAUUUCAACCGUCGAUACACACUUAACUUUCAAGUAUUCUUAGAUUUUUCGAUUUAUCGUCAGAAUUGUUGAGUUUUUUCGUCCUGUAGCGUUGUCGUCAAAUCGCCGAUAAUCUCGGUACCCAACGUAAUAGAUUAUCUUAUUCGGCCGAAUCAAAAGCACAUGUUCUUGACCGACCCGUGAAAACGAAAGCGCAUCGUUACUGACCGACCAUAAUUUAGCCUUAUGUUCGUAUGAUAUAAAUUUCUCGAAUACGUUCCAUUUUUCGUGCCAUACCGUUUCAAAACACUAUCUAGCUUGGUGACGAAUUAUAUAAUUUAAUAUAAUCGUUAUUGGCAUUCGAAAUGUUUUUUGUAUCGGUAAAGAAGUCUGCGAAGGAAAUCGAAAAUUUGAGUGAAUACGAACGCGAGAGACUUAAGAACAUAGCGGAAAUAGAACUUCAGUUGGCUGAUCCAUUAGAUACCAUACAAAAGUCAGCUAAUGAGUUAAAAUCCUCUAAAAUUAAUGCCACAAAUAAUAGACGUGCUAAAAGCAAAAAGCGCAAAUUCAAUUCUGAAACUGAUAACGAUACAUCUAAUCGUGUGCAUUUUGUGAGACGCUCAUCUCGUAUCAUUCAAGAAAAAAGACAAUCAACUAAUUAUAAUGAACAAAGUGAUGAUGAAAAUGAUAGGAGUGACAAAAAAAAACUUAAACAAGGAUCGUUAAAAAUUAAGUUUCGUUGGUUUAAAUCAAGUGAAUAUCAAAAAUCGGACGAAUUAUAUUAUAGUUCACUUGCUGAUAGUGAUUUUAUUGAUGAUGGUGAUGAAGAGUAUGAAUCUGACUAUGAGUCAUCUGUAUCUGGAUCAAAAAGAAAGCGUAAAACAUAUACACCUCGUUUAGCUGUUUCACAAGUAACACAAGAAAUGAUAGAAAAUAUUUCAUAUUCUUCAUCAGGAAAAGUUUAUAGUCAAUCUGGUACAACUUGUCACCAAUGCAGACAGAAAACUGCUGAUCAAAAAUCAUAUUGUCGAUACAAGGGAUGUAGUGGCAUGCGAGGAAAUUUUUGUGGAUUUUGCUUGGGUAGAAGAUAUGGGGAAAAUGUUGCAAAUGUUUUAGUUAACCCGAAAUGGGCUUGUCCGCCAUGUCGCGGGUAUUGUAACUGUAGUAUUUGCAGACGUAGAAAAGGAAUGGCCCCAACUGGCCAAUUGGCACAACAAGCUUUGGCAGGUGGAUAUGAAUCUGUUAGGCAUAUGUUAAGUAGCAUAGAAGGUGAAGAUCCAGAUGUUACGGACUUGGAAUUUGAUGAUGAAGAUAAUAACCAGAGUGCACCAGAUAAAAAUAAUAUUGCUGAAGAUAACAAUGAGAACGAACAAAACGAUCUUGAAACUCAACGUGACAAUGACAAUGUGUCAGAUGAAGUUAAAUGCAGUGACGAAACAUGCAACUCUGCUAAUCAUGAAGAUAAAUGUGCAAUUAAAGAUCAAGAAACUCAAGAAAUGGUUAUUGACAAACUGUAUAAGCAAUUAUUAUCAGAAGAUUAAUUUAAAGAAAACAAAGAGUCUAUAGCAGGGGUCGGUGAUUAAAUUCUAUGGAGGUCCAGAAAAUCAAAAAAAAAAAAGUUUCGAGGGCCAGUAAAAACUAAAAACUUAGA